CUGCACCACGUCCCAACCCCGUGUGCUUCUCCAAAUCCUCCAUUCCCCUGCAGGGCUUGGGGUUGUCUUUUACAUUUCUAUGUCUUUGCAUGGGGUUUUGCUUCAAGAAAAGUAGGAAAGCAGCCUUGUGGGGUUGAGUGCAUUCUCUUGGUGCAGCCUCAUGCAAUGGGGGGACCCCAUGCUUUCCAUGCCAGGUGUCUGGCACAGCCUACCCAGCUGCUGUUAUUUACCCAACAAGCAGCAGAAUCCGGGCUCCAUCCCUCAUUUAUUGCCCUAGGAGCCAUGGAUACGUUGCUGAGCUACCAAUGGGGUUGGGCAGGGUCUCGUGCUGUCCCCAUGCUGCCGCUCCCUGUGGGUAGAUUUGCAUGACAUCCCCACCGCCUGCGCAGCUGAGGCUGCUGCUGCCUUAAAAGGGGGGGAUGGAGGACAGAGAGAUGGGGCAACUGAGUGGCCGGCGAUGUCCCUUCGUCCCCCAGCUGCUGGCUCUGCUCCUUGUCACCACAGGCACUGCAGCCAUCCAGAUCAAACCAGUGAGCGGAGUGUUGGGGGACUCAGUGCAGCUCCACCUGCAGCUGAACCCUGGUAACAGUGUGGAGAGGGUCAUCUGGAGCUUCAAAACCGACACCAACCAGAAAAUAGAAGUGGCUGAGUACAACCUGAAGAACUGCAAGUAUAACAGGCAGAGGAUGAAGCUGUUCAACGACACAUUGCAGAUCAAUGCCCUGGAGCUGGGUGACAGCGGGGUCUAUGAUGCACGCAUCACAUAUCAGUCAUCACAGGUGGAUGAAGACUUCUUCAACCUCACUGUCUAUGAGCCCAUACCGGUUCCCCUGAUCCACCACGAGAUGCUGUCCUAUAGUGCCCAGGACUGCAACAUCCUCCUGCAGUGCUUUGUGCCGGCUGGAAGCAGGGCCCAGAUCACCUGGCUGGAUGACAACACCUCCAAUGCACUUUGGAGACGAAGUAACAACAGUCAAAUGCUGAACCUGACCAUCCCCACCAGUGCCCUUAAUGCCAUCUACACCUGUAUGGCCCGGAACCCAGUACAGGAGCAAAGCAAGUCUGUGAACGUGGCAGAACUGUGUGUACAAGAGUCACACAGGUGGAGGUGGCCCAUCUACCUGGCAGUGCUGGUGGUUGUGCUGGGAGCCUUGAGCAUCACGUUGUACCUGCUGAGGAGGAGGAGGAGGAGGAAAGCUGCUGAUAGAGCUGCCACCUGCCCCGAGGAGCUGCUGUAUUCCCAAGUACAGAGGGGAGAUAUUGAGAACAGGGAUGAGCAGGACCCCAAUAGAACCAUCUACAGCGAGGUGGGGACCCAUAGGGAUGGGACAGGAUGGCUGCAGGUCUGAAGGAGGAACCACGAUGGACAGACGGACAGAUGGAUGGAUGGACGAAUGGAUGGAUGGGUGGAUGGAUGGAUGGAUGGAUGGAUGGAUGGAUGGAUGGAUGGAUGGAUGGAUGGAUGGAUGGAUGGAUGGACGGAUGGACAGGCUGCCCCCAUACAGGGGGACUUGUUCUUUCCCCUUCCCCCCCAUACAUGAGCACAGGCCUUGCGGUGCUCCCAGCAUCCCGCUCUCUACACAGCCCCAAUAAAGACUGAGAAGAGAAUAGAGUGUCUGUGUGCGUGCAGGGU